AUGGACGAAAAAGCAGCCGUAGACGAGGGCGGUGGUGACAGUGCCAAUCCGUUGGAUAUAAAUUCGAAUAGUUUUGAUUGCGAAGCCUACAUCGGCGAUCUGUUGCGGAAGAAAAAUUUGGAUGAAUUGCUUCAAGUAGAAGAGGAUAUGGUUCAUAGUGUACGACGGUUGGACUCUGAAAUGCAACAACUUGUCUAUGAAAAUUACAAUAAAUUUUUAACAGCCACAACUACAGUGAAGAAAAUGCAGAGCAACUUUAUGCAGAUGGGUCGA